GGCCACACUAAGGGUCACAUUUCGUUGCCCAUAAAUUGAUCUAGAAAACCAUCAUGUCACGCUUACUUCAAGCGUCCCAAUAAUGAUUCUAUUCGCGCUGCGGCUGCUGUUUCUUCUCAAGGCAUCAUGUUUCGGAAGUCCAGAGCCGGGCAUCAUCUACCCAAGAAUGCUGAGUUCGAGAGCUGACACGGGGGAAAAAGUGAUAAAACUCUCGGAUCAGCUGACACUUAAUUUGGAAAAAAGCACCAUCUUUCCCGAGGAGCUUCUCGUGCACACAUCUGUUGAUGGUACGCCAGCGCGCUAUCUUGUUAAUGGGAAAGACCAGGAAGCGAACCUCUACCACGACAUACAAAACAUGGCAUCCCUCGAUGUAUCCGAAGAAGAUGGUCUUGAGAUACCGGAAUUUCUACAUGGUGAUGAGCCCAAAGAUUAUGGCAUUCCAAAAUCUCUGGACCCUUCGGCCCUUUUCGCCCCAGGAAAACAAAUGCCAACUGGUCCUGAUACUUUGAACAGCUCGGCUUUCGUGGAAUCUAGGAGUGAGGUUUCAGCGAUGCCUCGAUUACCUAGCACUAUAUACCCGGAAGUACAUGUCGUCUUGGAUUACCUGCUCUCCAAAGCGUACCAAUUCAACUUGAGAAAAAUAUUGCGAUUCCUUGCAAUCAUGGGCAAUGCAGCCAACUUGAGAUUCCGCAGCCUUAGGCAGCCAAUGGUUCAAAUACGAAUUGUUGGUGCCACCAUGACGAAUACCGAGCAAGAGGAGCCGUACAUGGUUCGAGUCCGUGGAUACGAAGCAACUCGAAAUAUCCUCUACGACCCGACGUUGUGGAACUUCACAGUACAUGUUAGAAAACAAGUUUACUUUUCGUCUGCUGACAUUGUUUUUCUGCUUACAGCACGGAAUUUGUCUGAAUGGGAAGGCAACACACUUGCUUCUUGGGUUGGAGGCUACGCGUAUGCCGGCACAGCGUGCACUGAUUGGAAGGUGGGCAUGUCCGAAGAACGUCCACACACCUACUAUGGUGUCUACGUCUUCACGCACGAACUGGCUCACGUACUAGGAUGCAUGCACGACGGGUCCGCGCCUAGAGGCUGGCCUCCGGGUAUGAUAGGCUCAGAGGACUGUCCUUGGGACGAUGGCUACAUGAUGAGCUACAAAUUCAACGUUCCUCAAAUGUACUCCUUCUCCCACUGCUGUGCAAGAGAAAUAAUGAAUUUCUACAACCGUCCAAAUUACACCUGUUUGAGCCGUAUAAACAGAGACCUUCAUCCUGCUUAUUCGGAGUACUUCCCAGGAGACAGGGUGAAAUGGGACAUCUUCUGUAGGAAAGUGUACUAUGAUUACGGCUACGGGAAAGCUGACAGCGAAUGGGGCGCGAAAAACUGUUACUUGAAAUGCUACUACAAGAAAGGUAGCCAGCUCUUCAAAUACGCCUACGUUGUUGACGGAACUAAGUGCGGGGAUGGAAAGGUUUGCAUUCUCGGAAAUUGUACGACGAGACCUACAAUAGAAGAACCUGUCGACACAGCAGAAUAACACUAUGCGAUCGAUUUAUUUUUUCAUCUGUACUAAACUCAAGCCUCGUGUACGUCGUAAAUAAUUAUGCCAUUCAUCAUGGACAGACCGUCUGGCUGCUUAGCCUAGCAACAAAAAAAAUGAACAUAUUCAAAAACACUUAAAAGUUGACAGUCGCUUUAGCAUACGCUAAAGAGGAUGAAGGCGACAGCCUGCGCGCUCACGAGACAUUAA